GGGAAGAGAUUUGAUUAAUUUUUGCAUCGUUAUAGCAUUCCACUAGAUUAUAGUUAUAUAACAGACGGGAUGGGUAAGAAGAAUCAGAACCGGAAAGAGAGCACUCUCAAUAGAAAACAACAGCGUCAAAAGGAGGAAGAGGAGCUCCAGAAACUCCAAGAAAGAAUAGAAGAAAUCGAUCCAGUAAAAGAUGAAAAGACGUUUACUAGAUUUAGCGACCUCCCAAUAACCAAGAAUACUUUACAAGGUCUUACCGAUUCAAACUUUGUUUCGCUAACUGAUAUUCAAAAGAAGUCCAUUAGUGUUGCAUUGAAAGGAGAUGAUCUUAUGGCAACAGCUAGAACCGGUUCUGGGAAAACUUUAGCAUUUUUAAUUCCAAUGAUUGAAUCCUUGAUAAGAAAUAAGAUUACUGAGUACGAUGGUCUUGCAGCUCUUAUUAUUUCUCCAACUAGAGAAUUGGCCAUUCAAAUUUUCGAAGUGUUGACCAAAAUCGGUAGACAUAAUACAUUUUCGGCUGGUUUAGUUACUGGUGGGAAAGAUGUUAAGUACGAAAAGGAAAGAGUUUCCAGAAUGAAUAUUUUAGUUGGUACUCCUGGUAGAGUUUCUCAGCAUUUAAAUGAAACCGUUGGUAUGGAAACUUCCAAUUUACAAAUGCUUGUUCUUGAUGAAGCAGAUAGAUGUUUAGACAUGGGUUUUAAAAAACAAAUUGACAAUAUCAUUGGGCAUUUACCUCCUACAAGACAAACGCUUUUAUAUUCAGCUACUCAAUCAGAAACUGUCAAGGAUUUGGCCAGAUUAUCAUUAACAAACCCAAAAAGAAUUGGUAUAUCAUCAGAUGAAGAAAUAUCUGCUACCCCUGAAUCAUUAGAACAAUAUUAUAUCAAAAUACCCUUGGAUGAAAAAUUGGAUGUUUUAUGGUCUUUCAUAAAAUCCCAUCUCAAGAGUAAAAUUUUGGUGUUUUUCUCGUCACUGAGACAAGUCCAAUUUGCAUACGAAACAUUCCGUACUUUGCAACCAGGUAUUACUUUAAUGAAAUUAUAUGGUCGUAAUAAACAAACUUCUAGAAUGGAAACAACCGUCAAGUUCUCAAGAGCACAAGCAGCGUGUCUUUUCGCAACUGAUAUCGUUGCAAGAGGUUUGGAUUUUCCUGCUAUUGACUGGGUUGUUCAAGUUGAUUGUCCCGAAGAUACUGCCACCUACGUUCAUAGAGUUGGUCGUGCUGCCCGUUUCGGUCGUCAAGGUAAAUCUCUUCUCAUGCUUUUACCAUCAGAGGAAGAUGCUAUGUUGAAAAGAUUGAAAAGUCAUAAAAUUGAACCUAAAUUCAUGAAUAUAAAACUGAAAAAUAAAAAAUCUAUAAGACCCCAAUUGCAGUCAUUAUGUUUCCAUGAUACCGCCAUGAAAAACCUUGGUCAAAGAGCAUUCAUUUCAUACUAUAGGUCGGUUUACGUUCAAAAAGAUAAAGAGGUAUUUAAGGUAGAUGAAUUGCCAGCUGAAAAAUAUGCUGAAUCACUUGGUUUACCAGGUGCUCCUAAAAUUAAAAUAAAAGGUGGACAAGCAAACAAAGAAAAGAAGAAUGCAUCAAGACAAUUACUUGCGCUAUCAAAGGCAAAUGAAGAUGGUGAGGUUGAAGAAGAUGAAAGUAAAAAACCUAAAACUAAAUACGAUAGAAUGUUUGAAAGACAAAAUCAAACCGUUUUAUCUAAAAAUUACUUGAAUUUAACCGGUACUCAACUCAGGGAUGAUAAGAAUGAAGAUAGCGAUGAAGAUGAUUUCAUGUCAGUUAAACGUCAAGAUCACGAAUUAAAAGAAGAAGAUCUCCCAGAUUUGACCAUCCCAGUCUCCAAAAGACAAGCUAAAAAGGCACUUUCAAAGAAAGCAAGUAGCGCUUCCAAAGGUAACUCUACAAAACUUGUUUUCGACGACGAAGGUGUGGCUCAUCCUAUUUAUGAAUUAGAAGAAGAAGAAGUUUUUGUUAAAGCUGGAGACGCUAAAUCCCAAAAGGAAGCUUUUGUCAAUAAAGAAACUGCUUUAAUGAACCAGGCUGAUGUUGAAGAUAAAAUGACAGCAAAAGAAAAGAGACAAGAAAAGAAGAGAAAGAGAAGAGAACUUGAAAAAGCCGCAAGGGAAGAAGAUAUUUCGGAUGGUGAUGAGGAAACAGUUGUCACCCUCGGAAAUGCUGAUUUGGAUAGAGAUCUCGAAUAUUCUAACGAUGAGCAAGAUGAACCCAAAUCAAAGAAACCUAAAUGGUUUGAUAAUGACAAAAAUGUGGAUUCUGAAGCUCAAGACAAUAUUGUUGAGCUUGAUGAACCAGAAACCUUGGAAGAUUUGGAAGCUUUGACUUCUAAAUUAUUACAAAAUUAAUGUAUAUAUAGACUC